AAAGCUGCUGGUUUAGCUAAUCUCUCCGAGAUUUCCUGUCAGUAAACGCUAGCUGUUCGACAAAAAGAUGAAUUUAACUAUAAAACGCAUUGUAGAAAACAUUUACCACACACAAAAACAUUAAGCUUUCCAAGGACUGUAGACGAAGGUGCAGACCUCCUUCACGGGUUUCUUCAGUGGUGUGACACAGUUGGUUUGCACCUGAGCAAGAAGGUGUGUGUUCGUAAAGAGGGGACAGUGGCAGAUUAUGGGAUGCUUGCUAAGGAGGACAUAGAAGAAGGAGAGGUUUUAUUUACCAUCCCCAGAUCAGCUCUUCUCUACCAGAGAACUACAGCGGUGUCGGCCUUGUUGGAAAAAGAGGCUGAAUCUCUGCAGAGCUCCUCCAGCUGGGUCCCCCUGCUGCUGGCUCUGCUGCACGAGUACACGUCCCCUCAGUCUCACUGGAAGCCUUACCUGUCGCUGUGGCCGGACUUCAGGAGGCUGGAUCAUCCCAUGUUCUGGUCUAAGGAGGAGCGGGACGAGCUGCUGAGGGGAACCGGUGUACCAGAGGCCGUGGAUAAGGACUUAUCCAACAUCCAGCGGGAAUAUGAAGAUGUUGUUCUGCCUUUCAUGAUCAGACACCCCGAUCUGUGGAACCCGAAGAGACACACCGGGGAGCUGUACACAGAGCUGGUGGCCUUCGUCAUGGCCUACAGCUUCCAAGAGCCGCAGGAGGACGAGGAUGAAGAUGAAGAGGAGAAACCCCCCAACCCACCCAUGAUGGUCCCCAUGGCCGACAUACUCAACCACGUGUCCAAUCACAACGCUAACCUGGAGUUCUCCGCAGACAGCCUGAAGAUGGUGAGCGUGCGCCGCAUCCGCGCAGGGGAGGAGGUGUUCAACACAUACGGGCAGAUGGCUAACUGGCAGCUGCUUCACAUGUACGGCUUCACCGAGCCGUACCCGAACAACAGCAACGACACCGCCGACGUUCCCGCCGCCAACCUUCACAAAGCUGCCGUGCAAGCGGCGCAGUCCGACUCAGAGCGGGCGAUGAUGGAGGAGCGAUGGGAAAUGCUGUCUGAGACGAUGCAGGACAGAGAGGCCUUCAUCUUCAGUGAACAUGGCUGUCUGACAGACUCUGAGCUGCACACCGCACUCAAGAUUUUCUGUAUGUCGGAGGAAGAGUUCUCUGAUUUCAAAGAAAACGAGGGCUGGGAGGAGGACGACGAGGAUGAGGAACAGAUUUCUCAGGCGUUCUCCAACGACGGCCUUCCUGGAUUGAAGCCGUCGUGGAAGCGACUGAUCCACGAGGCGGCCCGGCUGACGGUGCAGUCAUACGGCGGCGGGGAGGACCGCGACCGGGUGCUGAUGAAGGACGAGGAGGCUCUGAAAGGACUAAAUAGCAGACAGCAGAGGGCGCUCCAGGUCCGCUUUGGACAGAGGAGGAUUCUGUGCAGACUGAUGGAGCUCACGGAAUCAUGAACGGAAAUGACGGCGGUUUCCUUCGGGAUUCUGGAGCAGCAAACCGACUUUUCUACUUCAAUAAAGACAGGAUUUA